AUGUUCCCACGCCAGCCAGCCCAGCCGCCCAGCCCGUACGCCACCCCCCUGCUGCCGUACUCGCCAUACCACGUGGCAUAUACUACCACCCAGGCGAGUGUGUCGGACGCCGCCUGGCUCCGCCCGCACGAGUACCUGCGCGCGCUCCCGGGUGCCGACACGGCGUUGCCGGCGUCAUCGCCUGCGCUGCCGCUCUCACCGCCGCCGCGGCGCCCGCGGGCGUACUCGCCGUUCUACGGGGCGUAUUCGGUGCGGUCGGGCCUGGCUUCGGAUGCAGGCGCGUCGCCGCCGUCGCCGUUGGGCAUCGGCGAGUGGCGCGGGUCGGUGCCGAGCCGCGACGCGGCGUACCACGCCAAGACCAAGAUCAUUCCCAAGGUGCCACGAGCGCGAUCGGUGCCACUCGUGGCGCCCGCAGCACGCCCCUCGCCGUCAUGGACCAUGCCACCAGACGAGAAGGCCGAGCUUGCGCCCGCGGCGCAAGCUCAGGCGCUGCUGGCGAUCGGCGAGUGGGGCUCGCCGCGGACGCCGUCCGAGUUUCCGCCGUCGCGCCCGAGGGCGCUCGACUACAGCGCAUGGGAGGCAUAUCCGGCGCUCAACACGCCGCCGCCACCGUCUGUGCCCGAGGCGCCGCUGCCGAGCGCGGUCCGCUUCGACUCGCCGUACGUGACCCGGACGCUCUCUCGAUCUCCCGGGGUGUAGCUCGGGCAGCUGCUUGCGGGCCAGGCCUUGGACGCCUGGCUCACGUUCUCAAGACGAUCAAGACGGUACUUUACAUUGCAGGCGGGCCGCAAGCAGCCGGCUACGCUUUGG